GUGUUGUUGCUGGAUUUCGAUUUCUUUUUAUUUUUUGCGAUUGCAUUUAACAAAUAAAAUAUCAACAUGGUGUUUGUUAAAAAUUGGGAGGACUUUGAAAUCGCCGCGGAGAACAUGUAUAUGGCGAACCCACAAAACUGCCGGUACACCAUGAAAUACGUGCACAACAAGGGGCACUUACUGCUCAAAAUGACGGACAAUGUGAAGUGUGUGCAGUAUAAAGCGGAAAAUAUGCCCGAUCUGAAGAAAAUUGAGAAAAUCACAAGCAAUCUUGUUGGUCAUAUGGCAUCCAAGGAGUAGCUAAUGCAACAAAUUGGCCACGGCAGCAAUUUGGAUCAAAUGAAACAACAACAACAUCAUAAACUAUUUGCUGUUGGUUUUAGCUGAACCGUUUGCUGUGUGUUUCAUCCUACACUUGUUUAGUUUAUAAGCGCACUGGACCCACGGCAGGCUACGAUGUGGUAACAAGAGUAGUUUACUGUUUAAUUAACAUUGUUAUAAAUGUUAGCUCUGUGCACAGCAGUCAGCCAAAGUAUAAGGGUACCGGUGCUUUUUUUAAAUUUAUAAUACUUUUGUAUUUAUUGUAAUGUAAAUGUGUGCAGUUAGCUGCACUAUGGUGACAUAUUGAAUUAGUACACAUUUCCAUGAAAUGCUUUAAACAAA